AUGUCAUAAUAAAAUUUAUUUCUCUUUGUUACAGGUCUACCCAAUGACUUAUCAGUGUAUUGGCACCAGUACCCUUACCGCCUGGGUUUAGGGUUUUGCAAGCUGCGUGCUUUGAUUUCUGAAGCGGCAACAUACAUAUCAGUGUUAACAAUAUCAGCGUUUUCUCUGGAGCGCUACCUUGCGAUCUGCCACCCGCUGCACUUGUACGCAAUGGCUGGGCUGACGCGGGCCUCCCGGAUCAUCCUCGUGCUUUGGAUAAUAUCUAUCGUCUGCGCCUCGCCUUUUGCCGUGUACAGCGAUAUCAGCUACAGGGAAUACCCGCCAAACUCUGGCAACGUGUCCCUGGAGUCAGCGUUCUGCGCGCUCAUGGCUCCGUCACCUCUGCUAGAGUUGAGCAGCAUUUUUUUCUUCUUCGUGCCUGCGCUGCUCAUCCUCUGCCUUUACGUCCGGAUGGGAUUGCAUAUCAGAUCAACGCGAGCGAUGGAGAAGACUAAAGGACUAUUAAACGGCCAAGUGCACGGCGAGACCAGACAGGCCAAGUCGAGAAAGGCCAUCAUACGGAUGCUGGCGGCUGUGGUGAUAGCGUUCUUCGUUUGCUGGGCGCCCUUCCACGUACAAAGGCUCUUUUACGUCUACGGGUACGAUUUACCGCAGUUCCAGGCAAUCAAUGAACAUCUUUUCAACGUGGCCGGAGCAUUUUACUACGUGUCUGCUACUGUCAAUCCUAUACUGUAUAACGUUAUGAGUGGACGGUAUCGAAUAGCAUUCCAAGAAACUCUACUCUGCAGAAAAGUGCAGCGACGGAACUCCAGAGCUACUACAUUCGACCUGACCAGUUGUCGCGACACUCCAGUGUCCUGUUAUGGCAAAUCUCUUCGGCAAAAGCGAGAAACCAGAAUCUCCUUCAUCGGCAAAGUGGAUUACGUCAAAGAGGAUCCUUCGCCGUUCUGCGAAGAAGAGAGCAAGAUGAAUGGUGACGCUGUGUUAUAUUUUAACUUUAAUGAUGUGACAACAGUGCAUUUGAAUGAAUGUGAUGUGAAAUGA